AGGGAGGGGGCCGGGAGAGGAUUGUUUGAAUUUUUUUGUGUGUAUGUGUGUUUGGGGCGGGGAGGGGGCUCCGAGCAGAUAGAGAGAGGUGCUGCUCUGCUCUUGUCUUUGUAGUGUCGCGCAGGGGGGGGGGGGGUUAGGGGGGCGAGGAAGGAGUUUCUCACUGGUCCUGAAGCCAGUCCUUCUCCGCCUCAGAGUGAGCGCAGACAAUCUCUCCCUUCCUCUCAACUUUGCCUCCCUGAUAUCUCGGGCCAGCUCAGGUUUUUUUCUUUAUUCUCUCUUCCUUUGUUCUCUGACUGCUUGGCCAAGUGUUGUCCACCUGCUCCUGUGGGAUAUCCCGAAGCCUCCUGGCGGCCGGCCGGGCGCUGUGUAGUGAAGCUUGUGCAGUAGCAGCGCCAAGUUCUCUGUGGGAGUGGAGCGUAUGGAUCCCGGCACUGGCUGCUACUCGGGGCAUACUUAGAGGUCACAAAAUCAAGUCAUGAUGGUGGAAUCUGCAUCUGAGUCCAUACGGUCCACCCCAACCAGCCAAAAUGGAGUUGGAAGCCUCCCUAACCAAUCAGAGAGUUGCGUGGGAAGAGAAGGAGCAGGCAGUGGUGACACUAAUGGAGAGUUAAGCCCAGCAGAACUUCUGCACUUUCAGCAACAGCAGGCUCUGCAGAUGGCAAGGCAACUUCUUCUUCAGCAAGCAACAGGUUUGAGCUCCCCCAGUAGCACAGAUAACAAGCAGCCCUCAGUACAGGUCCCAGUCUCAGUUGCUAUGAUGUCCCCUGGAAUGAUCACCCCUCAGCAAAUGCAGCAGAUUCUGUCCCCUACACAACUCCAGGCUGUCUUACAGCAGCAACAGGCACUCAUGCUACAGCAGUUGCAGGAGUAUUACAAGAAACAGCAGGAACAGCUGCACCUUCAGCUUCUGUCUCAACAGCAGGCUGGGAAGCAACAACCAAAAGAGUCAUCUUUGGGAAACAAGCAGUUGGCUUUCCAGCAGCAACUAUUACAAAUGCAACAGUUGCAGCAACAGCACUUACUAAAUCUCCAGAGGCAGAACCUGGUGGGGCUUCAAUCUGGGCAAGGGCCAUUACCAAUACAGAGUCUUCCACAAGCUGUAUCUCCGUCAGACCUGCAGCAGCUCCUAAAGGAGAUGAGCAGCAAUCAGGAAGAAUCUAGUAAACAGGACACUGUUGACCUGACCACCUCAAUCACUACCUCAUUCCCAAAUUCCAAGGUUUCACUUCCUACAAUACACCCCUCCUUACCUAAUGGGCAGAACACACGCAGAGAUAGCAUGUCACAUUAUGAAAGUUCUCACCCACUCUAUGGUCAUGGUGAAUGCAGAUGGCCAGGCUGCGAAGCUCUCUGUGAAGACAUGGGACAAUUUAUAAAGCAUUUAAACACAGAGCAUGCUCUUGAUGAUCGCAGCACUGCACAGUGUCGAGUUCAGAUGCAGGUGGUGCAACAGCUUGAGAUACAGUUGGCAAAGGAGAGUGAGCGAUUGCAGGCAAUGAUGACCCAUCUUCACAUGAGACCAUCAGAACCAAAGCCCUUUAGUCAACCACUCAACUUAGUAUCCAGUGCUUCCCACAACAAAAUGUCCCCUGACACAUUCCCAGAUGGCUUACCUCAACCCCCUACAUCUGCUACAGCCCCUAUCACUCCACUGAGACAGGGCACCUCUGUGAUUAGCUCCUCAAGUCUGCCUUCUGUCGGUCCUGUGCGUCGAAGGAUUGUAGACAAGUUUAGCACCCCAAUAUCAUCAGAACUUGCUCAAAAUCAUGAGUUUUAUAAGAAUGCUGAAGUACGUCCUCCAUUCACAUAUGCCUCUUUAAUCCGACAGGCUAUAUUAGAUACACCAGACAGACAGCUGACAUUAAAUGAGAUUUACAACUGGUUCACGCGCAUGUUUGCGUACUUUCGGAGGAACACUGCUACAUGGAAGAAUGCAGUUCGUCACAACCUGAGUUUGCACAAAUGUUUUGUGCGUGUGGAGAAUGUGAAGGGAGCAGUGUGGACAGUAGAUGAGUUGGAAUACCAAAAGAGAAGGCCGCCAAAGAUGACUGGCCCGACCCUUGUUAAAAACAUGAUCUCUGGGCUGGGAUACAGUGCCCUAAAUGCAAGUUACCAGGCUGCCCUGGCAGAAAGUAGCUUUCCAUUGCUCAACAGUCCACCACUACACAACAGUUCAGGCAGUGUCCUCCAUGGUGGGCAUGACGAUGUUACCAGCACCGGGGAACCUGGAAACAGCAAUGGAAGCAGCCCUCGUCUGUCUCCUCAGUAUAGUCAGUCCAUCCAUGUCAAGGAGGAGCCUGCAGAAGAUGAUGUCAGACCUGCCUCUCUUUCUGCACCAACUAAUCAAACUACAGUCCUGCCAGAAGAUCGUGACAUAGAGCCAGAGACACCCAUGGAAGACUUGCCUUAGUGGCACCAAAUUUCAUAAUUUUCAUUGUCCCAAAGUCCAGCACUUCCACCAGAGACCAACCUGUCCCAAAGCCUCAUCUACUCUCAAAGAGACUUGAACUUGAUUCUUAUACAAACUUUGGGGCCAACCAUAAUCUGGCAGCACUUCCAUGGUUUAUGGACUGGAGGGAAACUCCCAGAAUCAUUUGGCUCAUGGACAAAGAUGGGAUGGGUAUUGAUUCUUCUAGUGACCUCUGACAUUGUCAGGAAUAAAGUUCCAAUCCUGUGUUCUCGCCCCCACCACUGCAUAAUAUGGAAAUAUGGACAUAUUUUGCCAUUGCAAACUCCAUGAAUAUUCCCUUACAAUGCAUGCAGGAUUGGGGGUCCCUUAUGCUAGCUCUUCUGCUGGUCAAUUUUGAAGGUACCAAAAAUAACCAAACUUUGUUAUUUAUUUUGGCUUUGUGUGUUUCAGAUUAAUUUUACUGCUGGCACACUUCACACAUAGAUGUGAAAUAUUGGUACACACAUACAUGCACAAAUGCAACACUUAAUGAUACAAGAUGCACAGAUUUACACAAACAUAUAAAUAUGAGCACAUUAUGUGCACAAAUGGAUAAAGACAAAGGUGUAGGUCUGCAUAUUUAGAGGAAAGGGGCUUGUUUACUGUUUUAUGUGUAUCUUAAAAAAGUGCACCAAAUAAGUGCUGUAGCUUUAUACCUGUCACAGGGGUGACUUCCAGUGAGUCAAAGGUGAAAUUGCUUCUCCAAACAAUUAGUACAAAAUAUUAUUUUCAGGGAACUUUUCAAAGCUAAAUAACCUUAUUCAUUUUAGGAUCAAAGGGCUUCCAGGUACACCAUACAGUACAUACAGUAAAGAAGGGGUCAAAAGGGAAUUCACACUAAAAUAUAAGAUGUGCUUAUAUAACAGAGCACAUUUUAUAUUACAGGUAUGGGAACUGUUACCCAGAAUGCCCAGAAUUAUUUUCUUAUAAUGGAGUCUAUGGGAGAUGGUCUUUCUGUAAUUUGGAACUUUCAGGAUAACAGGUUUCCGGAUAAGGGAUCCCAUACCUGUAUAAUAGAAAUUGAGAUACAUAAGACUAAAUAACACUUUUUUACUAACACUGAGCAUAUUUGUGCUUGGGCAGUAAUCUAUAGCAACCAAUCAGCAAUUAGCCUUGGUUAGUCAACUCAGGUAGACCACCAUUAGCAAAAAUUUGAUUAGUUGCCACCAGCUACAUGGGCUAUUGCCCAGGUAAAAAUAUGCCCACUGUUAGUAAAUAAGUCUUAGGUAGCAAGACAAUAAUAAUGCCCAAAGUCAGAUGCUUUAUGCAAAUGCAUUAUGUUGGUGGGACCACAAAAAACUGUAAAAUGAGAAAAAUCUUAAAAUCAGAGUAUAUGGGUAAAGUGACUUUUUAGGAGAAACAUGGGCAAUAUGAAUAAAAAUGGAACUGUGGCAUACUUUGGCCAUAAAAUGUACUGUGUUUAAUUUGAGGAAAUUUGGUGCUAUCAUUCCUUCAUUAGAUGGCUAAAAUAGGCAAAAAAUUUGGAUUUUUUUCUGUUUUGCCUAUUUCUGUUUUUUUCUAUUGCAGUAAUGGGCUAUUCUGGUGUGAUAUGCAUCUGUGUGAUAGCUUUAUCAAAACACAAAACAAGUUAGCAGUAUUUAUCCCUACAGUUCAGUAAUUUCUGCCAAAUCAUAACAUUUUAUUCAUACUGGCCCAGGUAUUUUGGUAUUUACUGUUAAGACAAUUCUUUUCUGUUGUCGUUGGUUUCACCAGAUGGAGAACAUGGCUGCUCUUACAUCUAUGACAAGUGACACUUUAACACCAACACUAAAGGAGUCAUUUAUUUUAAAAGUAAGCACAACCCCAGCUGCAGUAAUGGUUGCAGAAACGUGGUGCAAUGUGCUUGCAUGUACAGAAGCAUAGGGCUCCCUUACAUCAUUAUGCCUACAGGCAGGGUUGCCAUCAGGGAAUGGGGGUGACAUUUUGACCUGAAAAGGGUCUGCCCAAGGAGCAAAACUUCCGUAAAUUGCAUAACUUAUGUAUAAACUUUAAAACUUGAACAAAUGGUAUAACUUGUGCAAAAAUGCUUAACUUGUAGAAUGUAAAAACUUGCAUAACAAGCAAUGACACCUCAGAGCAGUGUGACAAGUGCAGGCACAAGUGUAGGGUUUAAACUUAAGGCAAACUCCACUAACCCUCACUGAAUUAAAAAAAAAACAUAAGGGAUAUUCUUCUAACCACCAAUAAAUUGAUUUAUUAGUACAUUAAUCUUUUUUAUUACUUAUAUGAACUACUUAUUAUAGAGUAACAUCAACUGUUUAUAUUGUGAUCAGUUUACUUUAUUAUAUAAGCUAGUACUUACAUACACUUUUCAGCAGUGGAGUUAUUAGGCCCCACAGCAAGAUCAUUGGGCCAAACAUUGGGAACAAAACAUUUUCCACUAACAUAUAUUGCAGCCACUUAUCAGUCAAAAACCCAUGGGCUCCCCAGGAGUUGCAUUGUCUGUUUCCUAUAGUUAAAGUCCUGCUCCUUUCUAAGAAGCAUGUAAGUAAAGGAAGUGCAGGCGAAUGGCCCUGUCCCCCCCUCUUGUGCUGCCUCUUACGUGGUGGGCGUAUGCUUUAGCAACUAUAAGGUGCAAAUAUUUGGUCCUGAUUGUGACGAGCAGUUAUACUAAAAUAACGUGUUGUGGUUUUUAAACACAUGACGAUUUGCAACAGUUUCUUGCUUUAAGCCCUUAAGUGUCUCUUAAAGACCUGAUAAUAUACACAAACCACUAAUAUAUACUUUGUAUAUUUAUUUAUACAAAAAAAAAAUCUUAUUUUCCAUGUUCAUUUACACAUCUUGUGAGCAUUAGCUUAUCGGCCUACUAGAGAUUAAUUUCCACGUGAAAACAUUUUCAUUCAGAAAUUUAUACAAGUACUUUUUCACAUAUGCAUGCAAAACAUGGCUGGCCAGUCAGCACAUAGUGUAGAGUAGCAGUCACCUGUCAUCAGUUCUGCCCAGAGUCCCUCUCCUCAUGAAGGGCAUAAGUCCCUCUUAUCAGUGUGCUGCUUCCUACUUUUCAUCCCCUACCAAAGAUAAUUCUUAUGCCAAAUAAAUCAAAAUAUUUUCAUGCUUUGGCUUCACUUACUGAAGUGCAGCAUAGAACAUGCAGGCUAAAUUGAGCCAAAGGUACACACAUUUGGGUAUGUUACAGACUAAUGCUCAUCCCUGCCUGCUGGCCAUUAACAUUACCUUAAACUGUUUCAUUACUUUCUAUAUAGAUUUGUCAGUCUAGUUAACUGCUAGCUGCUCUGAAGAAGUGGGUGAUGGGAUCAUGUCUCUAUGAAGUGAACAGUGCAUUUAUUUGUGAUUUCUCAACUUUAUGGCUGUGUGAGUAGUGAGUAUGAGUAACGUUUGCCAUAGAUGUGCAAGAUCCUGGUGAACCCAGCCAUCUUGAAUAAUGGUUGUUUUUAGUUUUGGAUUUUAUUGAUGUAAACCUAAAUUUAUUUAAAUGUAUGUGUGUGUGCUUGUCAUGGCAGACUGUUUUUGCCUUGGUGUAUUACAGCCACCAAGGAGUUGUUUCUACAGAUUUCUUUAGUUGCCGAUGUUGUACUUAUUACUUUGAGUAUGACUUUUGAGUAUGCAUUCCAUUGUCAUGUAGACUUUAAAACCACUCCAUCCCUACAUGUAUUCCACCCCAUCAAUCAAAUUGCUGAUAGGAAAGUAUAUAAGUACUGCAGGUACAAGAAGUGUGGCUAUCAUCUGUCUGUAGCCCACUGUCUUUUCCUGUAUUCUGAAUCUGAAUUACUACUGUGCAGAUCAAUGCAGAGAACAAGAGAGGCAAAAUUGUAUCCCUCAGGCUCUGGGAUCUUUGCUUUGUCUAUUCUGUAAAACACCUGUUGCUGUGGUGUGCCAUCAUUUCUUUUGCACCAGAAACAGACUUCUCAUAUAGACCUGGCUUUUGGUGCAUAAAAUAAACCAGUAUGGACAUCUGCAUAUAACAUUCACUGAGUAUUGCAUCAUACAGCCCAUAAAAUGUGAGUAGGGUGUUUGAUACAGCCAGUGGGUUGACUAAAUGCAUUAACAGUUUAUCCAUAUCAGAAGCUUGCUCCAUUUACUACUUUACCCAGUUUACAAUUCCCAGUUUUUCAGGGCACCCCUACAAGUUACACAUUAUAUAUAUAUACAUAUACACAAACUGCAGGAAAGCACAGAGAGACCAUUUAUGUCAUUUGUGUUAAUUAUGUGAUGCACAAGGUUUCAGGGGGGCAAAAUGCCAUUUUGACAAGUCCAUACCUCCCAACUGUCCCGCGGGACAGUCCCGAUUUUGACAGCUCAGCUCUGACAAGUCCCUCCUUUCCCUUUAAUUUCCUGCACUAAACCUGCACUGAACACUAAAAAAGAUACAAAGUUUCUCAAACUUAAUUAGAAAAAAUAGCUUUUGGCAAAGAGCCCAGAAACUUAACAAGCAAUACCUGCACUUAGAUACAAUUGUGACUAAUAAACUAAACAGGUCUCUUGGGUGAACUGAGACUUGCAGCUUAAAGGGCAAUUUCACCUUUUUAAUCAAAACUGUAACAACAGAUAAAACAAGACCCCAAAACCCCCAGAAAUGUGUUCAAACUUUAAAUAACCAGCCAAAUUUUGUAAAAAUAGGAGUGGUAUUUAGGGGGCAUGUUUGCAAAAAUGGGCAUGGUCAAAAGAAUUUUCACCUUGCUACACGCAACUUCUUUUGUCCCUCUUUGCUUUUUUAAAAUGUUGGGAGGUAUGAAGUGCAAUUCAGUUUACUGAAUGUGACAGACUGGCAGGUUACUCCAUGAAAUUUUAUGCAUUGUACUAAUUAAGAAAAUUAAAUGUGGUUAAUAUCUAUAAGUUUACGGCUGUUUGUGUCUUACAAUAGCCGCUCUCUAUGAAACCUGCACACACUGUUGAGGCAGAACAGCAAGGGAGUUGCUCACCUUUACAUUAGAAGAGUACCUUUAAGGUCUCUCUUCCUUCUUAUUUAGAUUUUCAACUGUUGACCCUUGGAAGUCUAUAUAUCUACAUAGAGGCAAAUGUUGACAGAUGCAAAUUUGACCCCUAGUUCCAGCCAUGUGUACUGCAACUGCUCAACCAAACUUGACUCAUUUAUUACUAGACUACAAAUCCCAGAAAUAUCUAACAUAUUAUAAAGGUUAAGGCAUGCUAGAAGUAUAGUAGUAGUUUAGCAACAUCUGGGUUAUAUUCUUAAAGAAAUAUUGCAGAAUAACGCUAUACAAAUUAUUCCACAGCCAGGUGCUAUGUUAAAAUGCAAAAAAAAAAUCCUUCAAAGAGAAUCCCAGCUGAUCUGUGUAAAGGUGGCCACACACAUGGCGAUUUCCGAUCCGAUGGUCGCACGAAAGAUCGUACAAACGGCCACUAACCAUUCAGGGCUGAAACGGCAGAUAAGGAGGUAGAAACAAUAGGAUUUCUACCUCCUUCUGCCGACAGCAGAUUUUGAUCAGGCGCCUUCUAUGGCGCCCGAUCAAAAUCUUUUAACCUGGCUUAUCAGUCGACUCGCCGACUUGCCAUACACGCACCGAAUAUCGUACGAAACGGGGUUUCGUACAAUAUUAUCGGUGUGUGUAUGGCCAGCUUAAGUUAGAGUCUUUGUUUCUGCAAUUGGAUUUACACAUUUUUUCCCAGCACCGAACAAAUCUUCCCUUUAUUCCCAUGCGUGAUUACAGUUUAAUAUAAUGAAAAAAUAAUAUUUCUAUAUGUAAGAUAAAAGCAAGAUGAAAUAUUAGACUUGGUGAAAACAUUAAAGAACAAUAAAGAUCAAUAACAGAACAAUGCAUACCAUAUACCACAAGAAAAAAAAUUCAAAAUGGCAUGGUUUGUAAUAAUUACUAACUGCUGCAAUAAAAUAAAAUAACGUAGACACCU